CACCAACACCCAGAAGUCCAUCCCCCUCAAGCUGCUGGGCCGUGCCUCCACCGAGGCCGAGUUAGGCGCCGGCAGUGACCCGCGCGGUUCCGUCGACCAUGGCCCCGGUCGCGGGGACCCCGUGCUGCUGCACCACCCCAACAACCCACACCACCCCCACCAGAAACCCCCGAAAGAGAAGAAGUGAGUGUGCUUGUCUUUCUUCUGCUCCUGCAGGUGAUGCGACAACCCCGCCUGGUAGCCGGGUCACCGGGGCCGUCGCGUUGCUUUUUCCUCGGGCCCGUUCCCAGACACUCCGCGCUGACCCCCGCUGGCCGGUUCCCCGCAGGAAAGGCGUCUCCUUCUUAAGCCGCAUCAUCCCCGGCAAGAAGAAGGACCACUUCCUCGACGACGAGGACGACGACGAUGUCUCCGACCCCGAAACCACCCGCAUGGACCCCGACGCCGCCCCCCAGCCCAUCGGCUUCUUCCCCCGCCUGCCGCCCCCGCCCAAGUACAUCCGCGUGCGCGCCCACUACAAGAAGGAGAAGACCUUCACCCGCGUCUUCCUGGCCCAGGAGCUGGACGGUGCCGACGAGUCCGCCGGCGGGACCGAGCGGGAGGCCGCCAUGUCCACGGCCGGUCCGCAGAAUGAGAAGAACACGGGCAAGGCCAUCUGGGCGCUGGUCUUCUCCAACGACGGCAAGUACCUCGCCGCCGCGGGCCAGGACCGCAAGGUGCGCGUCUGGCAGGUCGUGGCGGCACCCGAGCAUCGCGACUCGGACGACCCCGAGGGCGACGGCGACGAUGCGCCGCCCCGUCUGAACGCGCAGGUGUUCAAGAGCCAGCCGGUCCAGGUGUACGAGGGCCACACGGGCAGCAUCCUGGACCUCAGCUGGAGCAAGAACAACUUCCUGCUGUCGUCGUCGAUGGACAAGACCGUGCGCCUGUGGCAUGUCAGCCGCCCGGAAUGCCUGUGCUGCUUCAAGCACAGCGACUUCGUCACCUCCAUCCAGUUCCACCCGCGCGACGACCGCUUCUUCCUGGCCGGCUCCCUGGACACCAAGCUCCGCCUGUGGAGCAUCCCCGACAAGAGCGUGGCGUUCGUGGCCACCGUCCCCGACCUGAUCACCGCCGUGGCCUUCACCCCGGAUGGCCGCCACUCGGUCGCGGGCACGCUGAACGGGCUGUGCAACAUCUACGAGACCGACGGGCUGAAGGCCGUCGGGCAGAUCCACGUCCGCUCGGCGCGCGGGCGCAACGCCAAGGGCAGCAAGAUCACCGGGAUCGACACCAUGUCGGUGCCGCCGGGCGACCCGUCGGGCGAGGUCAAGCUGCUGAUCACCAGCAACGAUUCCCGCAUCCGCCUGUACAACUUCCGCGACCGCACCCUCGAGGCCAAGUUCCGGGGCAACGAGAACACCUGCAGCCAGAUCCGCGCCUCGUUCUGCACCGACGGGAAGCACAUCAUCUGCGGCAGCGAGGACCGGCGCACCUACGUGUGGCCGACGGGCCCCCCGGAGAAGGACGCCGACAAGCGCGCGGUGGAGAUCUUCGACACGCAGUCGGCCAUGGUGACGGCGGCCAUCAUGGCGCCGGCGCGGGCGAAACAGGUGCUGGCGUUCUCGGAGGAUCCGAUCUACGACAUCUGCAACCCGCCGCCGGUGACGCUGGUGAGCCAGGCCGACCGCGAGACCGGGCGCGCCCACCGCAGCUCCGGGGCCAGCAAGCUGGCGCAGGAGUCCCCGACGUACCUGUCGCGGUCGACGCACCCGGACGGCAACAUCAUCAUCGUGGCGGACUACGCGGGCAAGAUCAAGGUCCUGCGGCAGGACUGCGCGUACCAGAAGCGGCGCUACGAUAGCUGGGACACGCAUUCGACCAUCUCGCGCCGCAUCCUGCGCCGCACCAACUCGGCGCGGCACAGCAUCGCCUCGUCGAUCGGCAAGGACUCGCUGAGCAAGACCCCGUCCGAGCGGAUCAUCUCCUGGCGCAACUCGGUCAUCCGGCACGGCAGCCGGUCGGGGAUGCGCACCCCGCGCACGCGCAGCCCAUCGCCGCACAAGUCGAUCCGCGACGGGCCCGGAUACGCCAGCCCGGGACGUCUCGCAUCCGCCCUGCGACCGGACGCGCCGUCCGUCGUCACCACCUCGUCCCCGACGUCCGUGUACAAGACGUCGAUGGACAGCCGGCGGUCGAGCGGCCAGGCCACGCGGCGAAACGGGCAGGGGGCGGGCGACGAGGCGGACCAGGGGUCGGCCGCGACGCGGUUCGCGAAAGGCGGCGACAAGGACAACCCGCUGUGGCUGCAGGGCGACCAGAGCUAUGCGUUCUACAACAAGAUCGCGCAGGACGCGCGGGCGGUGCAGAGUCGCCAGCAGACGCGCGGGAAUGGGCUACUUAGCCCGCACCGGUUGUCGGUCCCCGGCGAACGGCAGCUGAGUUUGGGGAGCGCGCUGAGCAGCGACUGCACCUCGUCCACCGGGGACGCGGAUGGGGACGACAGUGAGGUGCUCAAGUGCGAGCACUGCCGGGGACGAACUUCCGGGCGACCAAGGGACGGAAUGGACGGCAGCGACUGGUGUGUGUGCGCUGCGGGCAACCGAUCAAUUAGGAGUGUAUAUGGGGCCAUGGCCAUUGGAUAUUGGGUUGGGGGGGGGGAUGUAAUUAUGGAUGGAUGUACAAUAGCGGACGGAGACACGGUGGGAUGAGGGACGACUGACGAGAUACAUAAUGAUGCAGAAGAGUAUUGUGAAUGUAGCAGCAGCAGCAGCAGUAGUAGUAGUAGUAGUAGUAGUAGUAGUAGUAGUAGUAGUAGUAGUAGUAGUAGUAGUGGAGGCUCACCGCCCUUGGGCAGCGCAGCUCACCUCCGACCG